CAGCCACACGACAAAAAUACAUAUGAAGACAUCCCAAUUUCCCAAGACAUCGAGCCUGUGUUAAACCAUCGGUUCAAUCCCGCUCACUCUUCCGCUGACCAUGCCGUCCCAAGUGCCGGCAUCUCCGACUGCCCCGGGGCCACCCGUACUCUCGGCGCCCACAAUGUCAUCGUCACCUCGGUCCUUAGGUCCCAUCAACGACAACCCUUAUAACGUCGACCUGGUGGUUCCUUACUCCAUUGCUCUCUCCAAAAAGGAUCUCAAGAACAGGCCCAAGGCUGAAGCGGAAAUCAAAGAGGGAUACGUUUACCUGUUGCGAGAACUUGAAGGAUCUGGGUUCCGACUAGCAUCGAAAGCUGGUAGAGGGAAUAAAGGACAAGAGGAGGUCUGGAUCUUUGUGGGUGCGAGCGAAGAGAGGGUCGAGCAGCUUGUGGAGGAGGAAAGACGUCUUGAUGCAUCCCACAACCUGCUUACAGCGCCAUCCGCCUUUCCACCUGCUCCAGCUACACGACUGCGUCUGAUCUACAACACUCUCACUGCUCCCAAGCUUCAGGGCGGUCUGGGAAUAACCCCUGGUCGAGGUAAAUGGUCUCGUGUCAAAAGUAUUUCGGCUCUCCACGAUGAGGCCGCAGACAAGGCUUGGGUCGAAAAGUGGACGACUGGAGGAGACUGGCAAGUUGGCUUGACCAAGGGCCUUGAUGAGGAUACUCGCAAGAGAGGGGGGCUUGGAGACCAGCAACCGCCUCCUGUUCAUCUCUACUUUGAUUUUCUUACAACUUACACACUUUCUCUUUUCCCCAUCACUGUUGUCUCAGUCCUGUUUUACUUUUUCACCCCCGCCGACUCUUAUCCUCCCUUGUAUGCUCUCUGUCUUAGCUUGUACUCGACUAUCUUCAUCGCCAUCUGGCGGGUCAAACAGCGCAAGUUUGCAGUCAAGUGGGGUACCUAUGGUUGCGAAAACGUAGCCUUUGGCCGACUCCGACCUGAAUACGUAGCUAGCCUGGGCCUGGACAAGACAACCGCUCAACAAGAUGUCGAAACUGUCGAUGCAGUUCAAGCAGGGAGUGAACUGAAGAGAGACAGCAAAGUGGCAGCUUCUAUACCUGUCAUUGCUGCUUGUGGUGUAGGCUUAGGUGUGGUAUUGAUGGGGCUCUUUGUGCUAGAGGCAUUUGUAUCUGAGCUCUACGACGGGCCGGGUAAACAGAUCGUGCCACUCAUCCCCACUGGCCUUUUCGUCCUCAUCGUUCCCUCCAUUGUGGGUGCCUAUCAAUUGCUCGCCAAGUUCAUGGUCAAAUGGGAAGACCACCCGACACCUGUCGGAGAAGAAAAAAGUCUUACAGCUAAAACUUUUGCAAUGAACGCCAUUGUCGCCUACCUCGGUCUAUUUCUCUCUGCCUACAUUUACAUUCCCUUUGGAUCCUUCAUCAUGACCCAUGUGCAGACCCAUCUCAUGGGCCGACUUCCCGUUCCAGGCUCUCGAAGAGUCAACUCUACUACCUCUUCCGUCACUUCUCCUACUUCCUCGGCCCCUGCCAGCAUCAGCGCUGAGAAACACGCCAUCAACGGAGGUCGUCUCAAGUCCCAGCUCUUCACGUACACUGUCACCAAUCAAGUCUCUGGUGCCUUCCUUGAACUGGGCAUGCCGUUUAUUAUGCGAUUCAUCCAUGAUUGGCGUGCUGGCAAAACAACGAUCAAGGAAGCUCUGAAGAAGACUAACGGUCAUGGAGAAUCUGAAAAGGUUCCCACGACUGAAGAGGAGAUUGAGAAGCGUUUCCUUAACAAAGUGGAAAGGGAACUGGCUUUGCCCGAGUAUGACACUUUCACCGACUAUGCAGAAAUGGUCACUCAGUUCGGCUAUGUCGUCAUUUGGUCCCUUGUAUGGCCACUUGCACCCGUCUUCGCGCUAAUCAACAACUAUAUUGAACUUCGAAGCGAUGCCCUCAAGAUUUGUAAACACGUUCGUCGCCCCGUGGGGGAUCGUGUGGAGACUAUCGGAUCAUGGUUGGAAACGCUAAGCAUUAUCUCCUGGAUCGGGGCUAUCACCAACGCUACUCUCAUUUAUCUCUUCCGCCCGUCCCCUGCUUCCCCUGACCUCCACUCCCAAUCGCCCAACCCCAAUUUCCCCACUCCUGGAUCUCCGUCAUUAUCGCACAUCGUUUCGGCGUAUCACUCUUCUUCUUCCCUUCAAGAAUGGUAUCCCCAGCUCGCUACCUUGGGUCUAUGGGCCCUGGGCGCGAGUCAUGGGUAUAUAGUAUUAAAGUGGGUGGUGGAGGGCAUUGUAGAAAGGGUUUGGUGGAGGGGUAGCGAGGAGGAAAGAGAAGUGCAGAGGAUGAGGGCGGGUUCUAGUUCUCCCUCUACGUCAGGGGUGGUAAAUUCGCCUUCCAAAUCAAUUUCAGCCCGAACACCGGAGCCAGAAUUUAGGUAUGGAGACGAGACCGAUCAGAAUGGUGGACUGGGCAAGAUAUUGGGUAAAGAGCCCGUCAGCACUUUUUGGAAUGGCGGAGAGGAAGGUGCGAAGGAGAUUGCGAGAAUCAUCAAAGCCGAGUGAGAGUGAGGUUUCGUUUGCGUGACGGUAGAGACCAUUUUGUGUGAAAGUAUCGUUCUCGUGCCCUUACAAAUUUAUUUACGAAGAUCAUCCAAGGUUGUUAAUACACAAUGACAGCUAUAGCCGGCUUAUGAACAAACAUGACGUUUCGCCGACUUCAAAGGCCGUUGUUACG